GUUACUCUUGCGCUCGCAUCCCCAAGAUGGCUGUCGCCAAGGACGGUUGUGGCAUGGGAGAAGGGGCUUCAGGGAAUGGGCGGCGGAUCCACCUGGGAAUUCCUGAAGCUGUGUUUGUGGAAGAUGUAGAUUCUUUUAUGAAGCAGCCUGGAAAUGAAACUGCAGAUACAGUACUAAAGAAGCUGGAUGAACAGUACCAGAAGUACAAGUUUAUGGAACUAAAUCUUGCUCAGAAGAAAAGGAGGCUAAAAGGUCAGAUUCCUGAAAUUAAACAGACUUUGGAAAUUCUAAAAUACAUGCAGAAGAAAAAAGAAUCUACCAACUCUCUAGAGACCAGAUUCUUACUGGCAGAUAACUUGUACUGCAAAGCUUCAGUUCCUCCUACUGAUAAAGUGUGCCUGUGGUUGGGGGCUAAUGUAAUGCUUGAAUAUGAUAUUGAUGAAGCUCGAGCAUUAUUGGAAAAGAAUUUAUCGACUGCCACAAAGAAUCUUGAUUCUCUUGAGGAAGACCUUGACUUUCUUCGAGAUCAAUUUACUACUACAGAAGUCAAUAUGGCCAGGGUUUAUAAUUGGGAUGUAAAAAGAAGAAACAAAGAUGAUUCUACCAAGAACAAAGCAUAAUGCUGGAAUUAAAAAUUUGGUUCAGUUUUCAAGACAUGUUAUUUUAAAUACCCUGUUUAUCCCUAACUAUUUACAUAAGUUUGAUGUUUAACAGCAAGAAUGAUGAUUAAAAGUUAAAGAUAAACACCAUUUUAUUUAUUUAUAGAAACAAAACAAAUUUCAAAUAUUUUAUGGAAUUAGUAUUUUCCCCUACAUUUCCCACCAAAGUUGAUGCUGCUUUUUAUCAUUAUUUUUGUUUGUCAUAAGAAAACGCUUAGCUGAAAUGGCCGAAAACUGUGAGGUAUACUGUAGAAGUGUAUGCUGGACACUAGUGCAGUUUAUGUUUUCUUUUGCUUUAUUGGCUGAUAUUCUCCCUUGUUAUGGUUAAACAUUUUAGAGAUAGGGAAAACACAGUUUGAGUAUUUGUAAAUUUGUUAGUCUAUGGUACAUGUGGUACUUAAUGGUCCUCUAUUGCAGUUGUCUUCUGUAAAUGGGGUUUCAUGAAUUACUGCUUAACCAAUAACUAUCUAUGAUGAGAUUCAGGAAUUCUCAAGAAAUGGAAAUUUGCCUUCCUACACAGUAAGAGGGCUAUUGAGACAAUACAUUUUUAAACCUAAAGUAAGUGCACAGCGUCUUUGCAAUGUCAACAUAAGGGAGAUCUUGGCCAACCUGAAGUAACAUUACCCAUUCAGAACUCUUGGCUAAGAUGAAUUUGUAUUUAUUAACAGUUCUCCAAAGCAUCUUGAUGAGGAAUAUUAAAAUAAAUGUAAAUCUACCAUAUUUGAAGAGUUUUGAGCUUUUUUAUUCAUGAUUACUCAUGGGCAUAGUAAAAGAAAUCCCUAUAGAAAGACAUUGGUACAGUAGCUAGUACUGGGUGAUACAAAUUCUGGUAAAAACACAAACAUAUUGUUCCAUUUCCAUGUAAUGAAAAGUAAACGUGUACAACAGUGUUUUGUACUUGUACUUCAUCAUUAAAACAAUGUUAAAACUGU